AUGAAUGAAAUCUGGCGCCGCGGCCUCAUUCCCAAGAGCUGGAAAACAGCCUACACAGAACCCAUACCCAAGCCAGGUAAGGCGCUGAGCAUCGACAAUCUACGGCCCAUCUCCCUGACGUCGUGUGUCGGGAAGAUGGCCGAGCACGUCAUGCUUAACCGUCUCACUGACUACAUCGAGUCUAACGAUUGCUAUACUCACAACAUGAUUGGCUUUCGGUCGGGGCUCUCGACUCAGGACGCCAUGAUGCUUAUCAAGCACCAGAUCAUUGACUGCACCACCGCCGACACUAAGGGAACACCUCAGGGGGCGGUGAUCUCUCCGACGCUGUUCAACAUUUCCAUGAUCAACCUGUUGAGGGCCUUGAACAAGAUCCUGAACAUGAACUACACGAUCUACGUGGACGACAUCACUAUUUGGUGCCCCAGCGGAUGUGAGGAACAGGUCGAGGGUGCUUUGCAAGAGGCAAUCGAUGUGACGGAGCGGUAUUUCAUCCCCACCGGGCUAAGCGAGGAGACGCACUCGGCUGCACGAGGUUUGACUGACCGUGCGCCGGGUAACGCGUCCUCUGCUGGGCGACCCGAGCCUCUCAGCUCGUACAAAGAGAUCUGUCUCAUCAAACAUAGAGGGCGCACCUGCACCGAUGAGGCCAAGGAGGACGAGGGAGACGGAGAGCAGGGCGACCAGAUGCACGCGCCACCACGGUGA